AUGCGUUUUUUGGAAAAAAACUUUGAAAUUUUAAAAAGAGAAUAUCAUAAAAUUUUUGAGAAAUUUCCUUUUACAAGUCACCCACUCGUUCUGACAAAGUUGAAUCAAUUGGAUGUAGUUCAACGAGUAGCAUUAGGAUCUGACAAAGAUUGCGGUGGAAAUAGUAAUGCUCAGCUAAUAUUUAAUGAAAAAUUAUGUUGUGGCCAAUUUCACGGUGAGAUCGUAUCAAAUCCUGAUGGACCCAUGUAUGCUACAUUCCGUAUAAAAAAAAGAAAUUUUUUUAGGCCUAGUUGGGACCUAAGUUGUUAUCGAUAUCUUUCGUUAUGUGCUGCAGGAGAUUCAAGAACAUAUUCUAUUGAUCUGCAGACAACGUCUUUUCUUGGGACAGAUCUUUACCGAACAUCUUUAACCUUUAAAAGCCCUAGAAAAUGGGAAAUUAUCACUAUACCAUUCAAUAAUUUCUGUCUCAAUAGAAAAGACGUUCAAUUAUCUUCACAUCGUUUUUCUGAAACAUAUCGAAUCCAAGCAAUAGGUAUUUCAUUAUUAGAUCGACAUCCAGGCCCGUUUGAACUUUAUUUACGUUGGAUGCAUGCAACCAAUAAAGUUUAUCUUGAAUCUGAUUUUCCUGAAAUAUCAACAUGUAAAAUAGAACCAGAGAAUAGCGUUGCAAAAUAA